AUGUUGUAUGCAUUGGAUGUUAUCAAUUCUCAACGUGAAUUUUUGCGCGGUUAUAAACUGGGUGCUCUUAUAUUGGAUUCAUGUUCAAAUUCAGCCUAUGCUCUCAAUCAAAGUCUUGACUUUGUCCGUGAUGUGAUUGGCUCAGCUAAUUUAUCUGAAUAUCAGUGUCGUGAUGGCAAUCCUCCGAAGAGUCGGCAAAUGCCACACAAAAAUGUUGCUGGAGUUGUUGGCGGCAGCUAUAGCUCUGUUACUGUUCAGGCAGAGCUGACAUUGUUUCAAAACAACGUUAGGUAA